AUGUCCCAAGAGCAGAGCCAUCCGCCACAAGAUUCGUCGGUGCCUGACAUUGAUGAUGCGGCAAAGGAGAAUCUGACAGAUAAUCAUGACCAGCUACUGCAAAUGGUUGCUGAGCUUAGAUUAGAAAACGACUUUCUCAGAUCCCAGUUUAAGGGGUUAAAGGACCAAGUAGAGCAAGUGCAAGGGGACAGAGCAGACUCACAACUUGAAGAACGGAUCGCAUCAUUGAGUAGAGAAAUCCAUGUAGAAAAACAAACUCGAGUUGCGGCUGAGCAAGCACUAGAGCAUCUAAGGGAAGCAUACUCUGAGGCAGAUGCAAAAGCCCAAGAAUACUCCACUAACUUGUCCCAUGCUCAACAGAAACUGGAACAAGAAAUCAAAGAGCGCGAGGAGAAAUAUGCCGACCUGGACGCCAAAUUCACCAGGCUUCACAAAAGGGCUAAGCAGCGCAUUCAAGAAAUCCAAAAGGAAAAAGAUGAUCUCGAUACUCGUUUCCGGGAAGUGAGUGAAACAGCUGAACAAGCAUCUUCUCAGCACUCAUCCAUGCAGCAAGAGCUGGAGCGCACUAGGCAACAGGCCAAUGAAGCACUUAAGGCAAUGGAUGCGGAGAGGCAACAACUAAGGAGUGCCAAUAACAAGCUCAGGGAUACUAUUGAGGAACUACGCGGCUCAUUGCAGCCUAAAGAAAAUAAGAUAGAGACAUUGCAACAGUCACUUCUUGAUAAGGACCAGGUGCUGGAAGACCUGAAAAAGCAAUUACAAGCUGUGGAAGAGAGAAAGCAUGCCGCAGUUACUGAGUUGUUAGCCAAACAUAAGAAGAAUUUAGAGAGUUUGGAAGCACAGGUCAUAGAUGCUCUAUCUGAAAGGGACAAAGCAGCCGAAACCAUUUCGGCGCUCCAGGUACUACUUGCAGAGAAGGAAUCUAAAAUUGCAGAGAUGGAGGCAGCUGCAACUGGCGAAGCAGCAAGGCUAAGGGCUGCUUCAGAAACUCUUAAAGGAGAGCUUGCACACCUUAAAGCGGAAAAUGAAAAGGAAAUAGUGACUUGGGAAGCUUCAUGCGAUGCCCUUAAAUCUAAACUGGAAAUCGCUGAAAGCAACUACUUACGAGCCGAAAUCGAAGUGGCUAAAAUGAGAAGUCAGCUAGGAUCUGAAAUGUCCAUGCAGACCCAGUUGCUAAGCACAAAAGAUGCCGAACUCAAAAGUGCAAGAGAGGAGAUAAACCGCCUCCAAAGUGAGUUUUCUUCUUACAAGAUCCGUGCUCACUCGCUUCUGCAAAAGAAAGACGUGGAGCUGGCUGCAGCUAAAGACUCUGAACAGAUCAAAUCUCUUGAGGAAGCUCUGAAGGAAGCUGAAAAAGAAGUGUACUUGGUAUCUGCAGAGAGGGAUAAGGCACAACAAGAUCUUCAGAGUGCUUUGGCUAGCCUUGAAAAAGAACUCGAGGAUAGAGCUGGAGCACUUAAAGAUGCCAGCGACCAGAUACGAAGUCUUGAAUUGAAGCUUGAUUCCACUGUUGCUCGCAAUCACGCGGAGAAACAAGCGUGGGAAGAAGACCUUCGAGUUUUAGAAGAAACAUGGCGACGAAGAUGUGAAGCUUUAACCGCUCAAAAUGAAGCCUCCUCUGCAGAAGAUAUAGAAAAAGAACUAGAAGAUGCCAAACUGCGGAAUAAACGAUUGAAGGAGGAGCAUGAAUCAGUACGUGAGCUUGCUGAUAGACUCAUUGAGGAGAAGGAUCGAGAGAUAUCCAGGCUCUUGGACGAGAAUAAAAAUCUUCGAAAGUCUAUGGAACCAAAACCAGUAUGGAACAAAUCUCAAUCUCAGGUUCACCACUAUGGGAACAACAACACAGAGUCACAAGAGGAGGAUGUAUCUAACUUGAGCACUUGUACAGCAGAGCACCAGAUUCUGAUACUGGCGAGGCAACAAGCUCAGAGAGAAGAAGAGUUAGCACAGACACAGCGCCAUAUUUUAGCUCUUCAGGAGGAAAUCGAGGAGCUAGAGCGCGAGAACCGUCUUCACAGUCAACAGGAAGCGAUGCUAAAAACGGAGCUGAGGGAGAUGGAAAGAAAACAGAAGAGAGAAGGUGUAGAUAUGACAUACCUAAAGAAUGUGAUACUAAAGCUGCUAGAAACAGGGGAAGUGGAGGCCUUACUACCAGUAGUGGGAAUGUUGCUUCAGUUCAGUCCGGAGGAGAUCCACAAGUGUCAGCAAGCCUACCAUAGCUCAACAACGACAACAACACCAGAGGCGAGUCCAGGUGCGGCAAGUGAAGGUUCAGCGAUGGAGGCUCCGAGGCACAAAUUACACUCUGGCUUGCGUUUAUGGGAAUUUCCCGAUCAGUACGUAAUCGAGCCAACCGAUGGUUCCGCGGCUUCGUGCUUGGACAUUAGUCGUCUUGACGGCUCCAUGAAGCUCAUUGAUCAAGUCGCAGAAUGCAACUCUUUGCGUGUCCCUAAAAUCCGUUCCAUUUUCGGUGUGGUUGGGAUGCUCAAGCUCCUCGCAGGAUCGUACUUGGUCGUCGUGACAGAGAGCGAAUCUGUUGGCUCGUUUCUGGGCCAUCCUAUUUUCAAAAUUACUUCCCUCAAGGUUCUUCCUUGUGAUCAUUCGCUUAAAAACUCCUCUGAAGAACAGAAAAAGAUGGAGGCCGACUUCUCCAGGCUGCUAAGUGUCGCAGAGAGGACAACUGGUCUCUUCUUCUCUUAUGAAAUUAACUUGACUCUCAGUGCACAACGCUUGCAUGAUUUGGGUGAUGAGUCUAAGUCGCUUCCUUUGUGGAGACAGGCCGAGCCUAGAUUUCUUUGGAACAAUUAUAUGUUAGAAUUGCUUAUCGAUAAUAAGGUUUCCAUUGGAAGAGAUAUCGUUGACAUUACUCUGAUUGCUAGGAGGUGUAGUAGAAGAAAUGGUACACGCAUGUGGCGAAGAGGAGCUGACCCUGAUGGUUAUGUUGCUAAUUUUGUGGAGUCUGAGCAAAUUGUACGCAUGAACGGAUACACAUCAUCGUUCGUGCAGGUUAGAGGAUCCAUGCCUUUCAUGUGGGAGCAAAUUGUUGAUCUGACCUACAAGCCCAAGUUUGAGAUUAUCCAACCUGAAGAAGCUGCGAGGAUAGCUGAGCGUCACUUUCUGGACCUAAGGAAAAAAUAUGGAUCAGUUUUGGCUGUUGAUCUUGUCAAUAAGCAUGGAGGUGAGGGGCGCUUAAGCGAGAGGUUUGCAGGUGCUAUGCAGCACAUCACAGGUGAAGACGUAAGAUACCUGCACUUUGAUUUUCAUCGCAUCUGUGGGCAUAUUCACUUUGAGCGCUUAGCAAUCCUGUAUAAGCAGAUGGAGGAUUUCCUUGAGAAAAACGGGUACUUUUUGUUGAGUGAAAAGGGAGAGAAAAUGAAGGAGCAGCUUGGUAUUGUGCGCACAAACUGCAUAGAUUGCUUAGACCGUACAAAUGUCACGCAGAGCAUGAUAGGUCGCAAGAUGUUGGAACUACAACUCAAAAGGAUUGGUGUAUUUGGCGCUGAAGAAGCUAUAAGCUCGCAUCUAAAUUUUGACGAGCGCUAUAAAAUAUUAUGGGCUAAUCACGGUGAUGACAUUAGCAUUCAGUACUCGGGCACUCCUGCACUUAAAGGAGAUUUCGUCAGGUAUGGUCAAAGAACUGUUCAAGGGGUUCUUAAUGAUGGCUGGAAUGCCCUCGCACGCUACUACCUGAACAACUUUGCUGAUGGAACUAAGCAGGAUGCGAUUGAUCUUGUGCAAGGACACUAUAUAGUUGCUGUGAGCCGGGACAUGGCUCCUGUACCUCGAAAGGGAGGUCUUGAGGCUGUAGCCAAUUUUCCAGUGGCAUUGGCGGUGGUUCUCAUCAGUUUAUGGUUUGCAACAAUGUCUGCAAAACGAGGUGGGAGUGGUUAUAAGUAUAUGUUUUUUGCACUGGUGUGGGCGGGCAUCAGUGUGGGUGUAGCGGCACUCGUGAGGGCCAAUGGCCGUAUCUUCUGCAACCGCCCUCGCCUCCACAAGCCCAGAUCUUGA